AAAGUUUUCAGAAUGACUUCCUUGGUUGACAUGCCCUUGAAUUAUGAAAAGAUGUUUGCUCAUCGAUUCACAUCAGAUGAUGAAGAAUACCAAGAAUAUGUGAAACGCCCUGCUGAUCCCCCUCCUAUAGUUGAAGAAUGGAGAAACAGAUCUGGUGGCAACCAGAGAAAUAGAGAUCGGUUUCAAGAUGGUAGAUAUUUUAGAGGGGACAGAUACAAUUGGCAAGGUGACUAUAGAUCUAACCAGAGGCCAGAAAGAAGUUGGGGUAAUAACUACCAGCAGCACAGACAAGGACAAUCGUACUCCCACUACGGACAAUAUGGCUACAACUCCUACAACCCAGGGCCUCGUUAUCAUCCCUACUGAUGCUACUUGUGGUUUGAAAGUCCAGUAAUGCUGUGUAACAAAUUCAGUUAGACUUCAGUUUUCUUAUUUUUCCACAGUUUUAUAGAUAACUGAAGAAUCAGUAUUACAGUCCAUUAUUGUUUAUCUGUAGUGUGAAUUGAAAAAGGGAAUACCUUUUAUGAAUAAUAAAAGUGUAUUGUACAGAGUUUGUUUAGCGUCUGUAGAUCUUAGAUUAAAUUUCCAAUCUCAUUCUUUUGUCUGAAUACAUACUAGUACACUUCUUUUCUUCCAUGACUGAGAUUUCUCUGUCACAUUUUAGAAAACACAACAGGUCAGGAAAAAAGCUGUGGUUUGUGUAGCAGUGGCACACUGCCUUAAGAUGGUUCUUUUUGAAAGUGACUUUCUCUG